AUGGACGAAAAUUUAUUCAUUUCUGAUAAAACUUUUGGUUCUUAUGUUCUUGACACUGCCAAGUUGAUUUAUAGAAAUGAGGAUGGUUCUUUCACUACCAGUGAUCUGGUAGAAGAAUGGUUCCCACUUCAAAUUGGAAAAAUAUUUAAGGGAGAAUUGAACAUGGAAGUACAAUUCUUUUCCAUAUCUUUUGACUUGGAAGAGAGCUUUAUCUUUAAACGAGAAAUCAUCGAUCUUAAUCACCUUUGCAUUCUCUUCAGUUUGAGACUUACGAACGAUUCUUUCGAAUUUUCGGACAACUUGGCUCGUUUCUUUAAUUGUAAAUCCGAUGAAGAAUUAAGGAUCACCUUCAUAAAAUUCACCACUGCUGAAGUACGAUUGCGAAAGUUAAGCCAAUUCAUCCUUAGUACUGCAUUAGUGAUCACAUAUCUGAUAUUAUUAUGUUGGAGACAUCGUCAAGAGUGGGCAAAGAUUAUUUCAAAUAGUAAAGAAUGGUUGAUUUUAGAAAUCGAUGAUAUUGAACUUAGAGACGAAUUAUACGGCGCUUGUGAAAAAUUCAUCAUUGAAAGAUUCCAAAUUAAUAAAUAUGAGGAUGAAGAACAACAGAACAGUUUAGUUACAUGUAAAAAACGAGUCAUAAUUACACGUAAAUCAGUUACUACUCGAACCGUUAGUCAUAUUCUGAAAUAUCAAACCCAAACUGGUUCUAUUCCCCUUGACAACAAGACUGCCGAAUACUUCAGAUUUGAAAGCAUUGAGGAGUUCACAACAGAACUUCAAAUCCAUUUUCACAGCGAAAAGUUUCUACGUUAUGUAGCUUUAGACUAUCGUAAAGAUUGGUUCAAGGUUUUUGAUAACGCAUCCGAAUAUUUAAGAGUUCAAUGUAAUGAUGACUCAAAAUUGGAACAACAAAUCUUAGCAAGUGCCAGGAAAUUUAUUAUCAAACGACAUAAAGUCGAAUCAUCAUCAAUUGAAGAUGAUCAUAGUUUCGCUUCAGCCGUUGAAAACAAACAAAAAGCAAUUGAUCACGAAAAAUCCGAAGAGAAGAGAUCACAGCUUAUUGUCAAAAAUAAAAGAAAAGCUUCUUACAUCGAAGAAAAUCAUUCCGUUGAUGUUGGUUCAAUCAAGAGAUACCUUUCUCAUUGCAAUGAAGAUGGAAGUUUUAUUUUCAGUGAAGAUGUCGUUAAGCUUUUGAAUUUCGAGAAUAUCAAGUCCUUCGAAACUUCUAUUCAAAGUCACUUCGUAUCUGAAC